ACGACGCAGUUGGCACCACACCAACUCAUCUCUCUGACAGUCCAGUCGGUACUGUCGGCACUUUUUCGUUCUGUUCCCCACGUUUUUUCGGAUUUAUAAACAAUGAGAGUGAAUUUUAAUUAUGUGAAACAAUACCGCGAGUGCAGACCGUGUGACUGAGGACUUUCCUGUGAUUAUUUAGUGAUUAUUUACGUUUGGUUCAGUUGAAAUAAAAUGGGCUUGUUUUCGGAGCCGUUGUUGUUUGCCGCAGCUCUCCUUGAUACUGGAGCUGUGCUGUUUGUUCUGGUCUACUUCGUGAUUGCACUUUCUGAUCUUGAAUGUGAUUAUUUGAAUGCUCAGCAAUGCUGCUUGAGAUUAAAUAAGUGGGUUGUACCAAAGCUCGUUGCACACACACUCCUCAACGUGAUACUGCUGAUCCACGGCCAGUGGCUAUUGGCACUUGUGAAUCUCCCAAUGAGCCUGUGGCUCAGUGGCGAGUACUUGACCGUUCCCCAGGGCAACAUGGGCGUCUUCGAUCCCACCGAAAUACACAACAGGGGACAAUUGAAGAAGCACACCAGAGACUGCUUGAUUUACCUCGGAUAUUAUCUCAUCUUCUUCUUCAUUUAUCUCUACUGUCUCAUUAUUGCAUUACUCAGGGGUGAUCCCAUCAACAGAAAAGACGACGAAGUUAUCGUCUGAUACAGUUUUGUACCAAUUUUCUUGUUUAGUUUGAGGCUUUAUUUAAUUUGAUGAAAAAUAUGAAAGUAAUUGAGAAUGUCGACGAGAAAUUAUGAGGAUGUAUGAGAAAUUAUUAAUUUCUAGUCCAUCACAUCUGAAUGCAACCAAAAAAGAAACGAAAUACACAAAAAAAUCUUUGCUCUCA